UUUAAAAUUGUUUUAACUUAGUUCAUCUGUUGGUAAUGUGCAUUUGUCGUCUAAUGUUUCUCUGUCUCAAAUGAUCCGUAAACAUAAUCUGUGAUGAAUAUUUCAUGUUCGUUAGUUAUUUGAAAAUACGUUAGCAUGUAAGUUAGCGCCGGAGUGCUACAGCAAGUAUUUAAUGUAGUGUUGAGCCUCAAAUUCGACAUUAAUAAGUAUUCGGCACCUAUUAUGUACUGUUAUACAAGUGAAACGGUGCGAGACCUGUCCUCAUUAUGGAAAAAUGUGGGAACAUUAUACCCGGGUCAACCCGCCAAUUUACAUGACGUCGCGACUCGUAAAAGAAGCAUUGCUCGCACUCGAUCAUCCUAGCACAGCAUGAACAGUGAGAUAACAGAGCAACUCGGUCCGUGCGUAAGAGGGGUGCAGCAAACAAAACUAUAUAUUUUAUGUUGAGUAAGAUGCGGUAUCAAUACGAAGUGAAAGGUGUUUUUUUUUUCAUGUGUGCCGUUACGCUCUGUAUCAAUGUCAACGCGCAGCAGUGGGGAUGUAACUUAACGGUCGCGCAGCCCGGAGAUCUUUAGACGUGUUUUUUUUUUUUUUUUUUUUGCAAGGAGGAAUGUUAAGUAUGAGAACUAUAGAAACUCACAUUAAUCCAUUUAGUUUAGCCGUCCAAGUAAGUACAUUUAAAACAGCCUCUCUUCAACUCGCACCUCCUAAGACACCAUUUUGAAAAAAUUAUGUCAUACUACAUGAAAAAUAUUUAUGCAAUCAACCCAAUUUUGCUGAUAACUAUUGUAUAUGUUUUUAUUUCUUUCUUUGUAUUUUUUUCUGUACAGGGUUACUUCACUUCAGUCUAGCGCUUCACUUCAGCACAGCUCUGUUUGGGGCAACUGCCCUUCAAUGAGGUGGUCCUGCAAGUGUUGCAAUUUCUCCUCGCCGAACCAACGCACACUAAUUGUCCAUUAUAAGCUGAAGCACUGUCAUCAGAUCGCCAAGGAAUUCACCAGGCUCACAUCAAUGGACAUCAAUAAGUUCUAUGAGGGUCUGGACAGCCAUCUGCAUAAACUGCUUCAGUUAUUCCGGUUGAAGCGCUUCGAGGAAGUUCAAGAAAUGACUUCCUUAAUGGAGAGUCUCGAUAAGGAUGCAUCAAACCAAAGGAAGAGAGCAGCUGCUUUGCAGGGACUGCCAUGGUACAUGAAGGAAAAUCCUUCUACAUUGCUGAAGAGAUGUGAGCCAACAGAUCCUGAAGAGGACUUCAUCAAGGGAAUGGUAAUUGGAAUCCUUUUGGUUGUUGAAGAUGUGAAGGAGCCCCUUCCAGUUUCCUACAAUGAUGUUGCCAUUGUCAUUGAGGAAAAGAUUGUCUUGCGUCAUCUUGCUGAUGUACCCAACGCUGUUGUGAACCUGAUGGGCCUGCUGUACAUGCUGAACCUUGACUACCCAAAAGAGAUGAAAUAUACUUUUGAGGUGAUUCAACGCCUGUUCAUGGGAAUCGGGUCUGAGGCGUGCACUCCCAGGGUAUAUUCUCUAAAGAAUAAACUGCUCAGUUAGAUGGAUGGCUCAGGAGGAUGUUUCUGUAUUUGGCCAUUUACUAUUAAUUUACAAUUUAAUAUCCACAAAAAUGGACUGAAUUAAAUUCUGAGUUAUUGUUUUUCCCCAAAGGAAGACUGCAUUUAUUUUAAUUUAUUAUGUGUGGAACAGUAUAAUUUCAGUUUGUGUGCAGCCCCAAGCAAAAGUGUGUUAGAGGGUAUACAGGCAAAAAUUUGAAUAUGUCCCAAGGAAAGUCUCAACAUCCAUUGUCACUUAUUGUAAAGCAAGGCUGGUUGAGGUUGGACUCGUUGGUGUUUUAAUAAAGGUCCUUAUUGAAUUGUC